UAUUCUAAUGUUCUUAUGUUGGUGCAAUGAUGGAUCUUACAGGAACCCGGUAUUGGCAGUGGAGUUAGUGAGGAAAAAAUGGCGUCAUUGUUAAAAAUGAAUUUCUCUUUGGAUGAAGUCCGUUUUGCUAUGGAUAGACUUGGAAAACAUGCUUCUAUUGAUGAAUUAGUGAACUUCAUUUUUGCUGCAAGGAUGGCCAAAAAGUAUGAAAAAGAUGCAAAUAAUCCAUUUCCUGGAGAUGACAACUGCAACAAUGAGGCCUUAUUUGGUAUUAUGGACAAGACGCUCCGAUUGCUCGAAAUGGGUUUUACUGAAAAUCAAAUUUCAGCUGUUUUUGAGAGAUGUGGUUCAGAAGCACUUCUGACAGAUCUUGCCGAAUCAAUUAUUACUGGUGGUGCUGAACCGGAUGCUCAUAAGUACUCUUCACCUUUGAGCAAGCAAAGUGUCCAACUUAAUUGCCGAUCUCUGAAAAGAAAGACAACAGGAGAUUUUCUAAUGAAUCAGCAGCCUCUUAGCUCGGUAUUGAUAAAAACCGAGGAAUACAGUUCAGAUGUUGUACCUGAACCCGACUUGCUUGAGAGAUUGAAAGGCAAGAGGCCAAAAGAAGAACAUACUGAUGAUGAGCCAAACAACUGGCUGAAACCAAAAGAAGAAUUUAUGGAAGACACGAGCAAUUCCGAGGGUAGGAUGUGGCUAGAAGCAAGAAGAGGGAUCUCCAGUUCGACAAAUAAUCGAGUAGCAGCCUCGCGAAGACGGGUUUUGGGAAUUCUAGAAGAUAGAAACCCCACCAUGUCCAUGCCCAAUCCUUGCAAGAGUCUUACUAGUGUAGUAGCUAAACCUCCGUAUUUCUUUUACGGAAAUGUGACUAGCUUAUCUCAAGACUCUUGGGCAAGAAUUUCCCAGUUUCUGUAUUCCUCACAACCCGAAUUUGCAAAUACUCAAUUAUACUCCGCAUUGAGCAGAAAGGAAGGCUAUAUACAUAACCUCCCCAUUGAAGAUAGAUUUCACAUUCAUCCAAAGGGGCCAAUGACUAUCGAGGAAGCUAUACCACAUUCAAGAAAAUGGUGGCCAUCAUGGGAUGACAGGAAGCAACUAAGCUACAUCAGUUGUGAAACGAGUGGAGUACCCCUUCUAUGUGACAAGCUUGGAAGAAUUUUGGCUGAUUGUAAUGGGCUUCCAUCGGCUGAACAACGUAGACAAAUUCUCCAACAAUGUCGGGAGAAAAAUUUGAUUUGGGUAGGCAAAUAUAAGUUGGGUCGACUAGAACCUGAACAUUUAGAGCGAAUAAUGGGUUAUCCGUUCCAACACAGUCAAGUUGCUGGAUUUGGCGUGCCCGAUCGACUUGGAUCACUUAAGCACUCGUUUCAGACGGACACUUUAGGGUACCAUCUUUCAGUUAUGAGGCGUUUAGUACCUGGAGGAGUGGUUAUUUUGUCGUUUUUUAGUGGUAUAGGUGGAGUCGAAAUCGCUCUCCACCGACUUGGCAUUGUUUUGAAGGGUGUGGUUUCUGUUGAAACUUGUGAGGUGAAACGCAAAAUUCUGAAGAAGUGGUGGGAGAGUAGUGGGCAGAGCGGAGAGUUGAUUCAGAUAGAGGACAUCAACAAGUUAUCCAGUCGCAGACUUGAAGAUUUGAUGAAGAAGUUCAAAGGAUUUGAUCUUGUGGUGUGUCAGAACCCGUAUUCGGCUGCCGAUAGUGAUAACUUGUCUGGGUUGGAUUUUUCUAUGUUUGCAGAGUUUGUGAGAGUUGUACAACGUGUAAGGUCUACAAUGGACGGAGACAGAUAGAUGAUUUUAUGACCACGAUCAAACAGUCCCUUUUGUUUUUGUUUUUUUGGUACUAAUAUUAUUAUUUGUAGUGAAUGUAUUUUGUCUAAUUUUUUUAAGUUUGGCUCCUCUGAAAUCCAAAAUACCUUUGAGAGACUCAAAUAGUUCAUAUGUAUGUUGGCGCAUUAAACCAAUCGAAUGUAUUUUUUUAAUGAUAAUGUUUGAUUUAUAACAAA